UUGAAGACAUACACUGGCAGUAUUACUUGACAGGUCUGGUGAGAUUAACUAGAGUCAGCGUCCUUCGAUGAAGAGAAAUAGUCUAAGAUCCAUGUAACUCGAUCAUAUGUGAACGCACCAGCGACAUGCUCAUUCCUUUUCAACUUGGCUAUCGACCUGAACAUAUAUUUCCCCGGGAGCCAACCCUCGUUAUCUCUCUUUUUUUUAUUUUAGCCGAUGUCCUUCGAAACGUCGCAGACAUCAUUGCCAUUGCAGCUCAAAAAGAUGGAUAGAAUGGAACUAACUCCCUUCUCACAAACAUCGAAAGAAGCGAUUGUAGUCAAUCUGUAGAAACUGGUUGGUCGAAUCCGUCUCUCAGGCUAGGACGGAUCUGGCGCGGAAUAACGGAUCAAUUCACGUGAUCUAUAUCCGAUCCUCCGAACUGCCUCCCAAUGAAUGACGCAUCAUGAUGAUUCUUCCAUCUUCAAGAUCGAUCAUCAGAUCCGAGACACAACCGAGUUAACCAGCCCAAAUUGCCCAGUGCAGAUGGCUGACGCCGAGUCCCCAGCUCACUCAACGGGUUGGCGGAUCGCCAAGGCGUGUCAAGAGUGCAGGAAGCGGAAGAUCAAAUGCAACGGAGUCAACCCCUGCAAAACCUGCCAGCUGCGGGGCACCCCGUGCGUCUAUCGCGAUGUGAUCCGCCAGCGGAAGAAGAGAUAUCAAUAUCAAGAGAGGCUCGACACUGACAGAUCUGGGUCUAAUGGGGCCACCACCACUACCCGGCCCGACGAAGGCAGUGCUGCGCGGCAGCUGUCUCCCGGCCCGUCACACCACCAAGCCCAAGCCCAUGCCCAACCACGUCGGCGGAACCCAUCUGUCAGUCUAAAUUUCAACAAUAGCGUCUCAGCCACUCACAUGACAUCGCCCUCCUGCAAGGUCCAACUGUACUAUGGCUCUACCUCGCACUUUGCCCUCAUGCACGAGGUCUACAGAGGCUUGGUGGCGAAGAGCCAACCAGCCGAGGUCGAUCGCCCCCAGGGUGAGGUCGAAGAAGCCGGGGCUGGCUUGGACAUGUUCAGCUUCCGCCGGAUCUUCUUCGGCACACCCACUGAUGCCCAUGAGGCAAACAAGACCCUCGCGAGCUUGGAUUCUCAGCUGCUGUUCUUGCCCUAUGAGCUCGCCAAGUGCUUUCUCGAACGGUUCUUGGCUACCUUAUACAACCUGGCCCCGAUGUGGCCCAAGGAAGAGUUCUAUUAUCAGCUGGAUCAGAUGUACGGCCAAGGGCCGGAGGUUCGUCCCGAUAAAGUAACCCAGUCAAUCCUGCUUGUAGCCAUGGCGAUUGGAGCACUAGCCACCCAGCAUCACAGUUGGGGCGAUACGCUGUACGACCGCGUCAAGCUAUCCAUGCAUUCACUUGACGAUGUCGUGAACUUACAGACCAUCCAACUGGCGAUCAUCAUGGCUCACUACCAAAGCGAACAGGGCAGGCCCAACUCAACAUUCCUGCUCAUGGGCACAGCCACCCGAAAGGCUAUCUCAGCUGGGUUGCACAAGGAAGCCCCAAGCGCGGGUGAAGACGCCGCCGAGAGCACCGAAGAACGACGUGCGACGUUCUGGUCCCUCUGCUUCUAUGAAAUCUGGACGUGCUUUCAUCUUGGACGACCAAGCUCUCUCUCAUUGAAGGAUGUCAGUAUCGCCCUUCCGGAGGAUUCUUUCCUCCAGGUUCUCAUCAGCCUUGGCAAGAUCGUUGCUCGAUCAGCGUCUGAGAUGUACGGUCGCCGCCACGAGUCCUUGCUGCAAAUGUGGAAGAUUGCCAGAUCAAUCAUCGACGAGCUCCGCGGAUUCGACGGCUUGAUGAGACAGGCACUGGGCUUUGGGCUGGACAAAUGUGCCCAGCCAGGGAGCUUGGGAGUGCGACAGAUCAUUGCGACCACUCUGUAUUAUCACACCAUCCUUCUCACCUUUCGACCAUUUCUGAUAUUUCGCGGACGGUGGCAUCAGGAUAUGAAACGGUCAUCAUGCGUUGCGAGUACGAAACGUGCGACUGAAAUCCCCUCGUGGCUCAAUGACGCCUGCACCCAAGCCCUGAGCGCUGCAUGCAGGACCAUUCAUCAUCUUUGCGAAGCAUCGGCAUGCAAUGAACUUGUCAGAGAACUGCGGUAUCAUGGUUACUUCCUAGGCAACUCAUCUUUUGCGCUCAUGUACGACCUCAUGCACGGAGAGAACCUUGCGGCCACACAUCUGCCCUGGAUACACGCUGCCGUGCAAGGGAUGUCAAUGAUGCGGCCCGGGGAUCCGAUCAAGAGCUCCAUUACCGCCAUUCAGACUGUUCUACGGAAGAUCCAUCCCUCGUACGAGUGGGUAGCACCGGAGACGACCAAAAGCCAAAUGUAUGAUUAUGAACACACCCCGCCCUUCCACCCCCAGCGCCAUCCGACUUCCGCCUCCCACCAAGGGCAGAGCCUCAUGGCAGUGACUGCACCCGGGGAUCCGGCGGUAGUAGGGACCCUCCCCAUGCUGUCUGAUCUCCAAGGAAACUUGUUACAGGACGGCAUACGCAUACCCAGCGGCAGCGUAGGCAGUGGAGAUGAUCUUCUCGAUUUCACCCAAUCCGACAUGGGCUGGGACUUUGAUUUCUCCACGAUGGAUCUGGAAGCUUUCUUUUCCAUCAAUGCAAAUUUAGACCCGAUGGCGUUUUGACACAGGGCCUGGCGCAUAAUCGAACACUCUCCUUCUGCGGUUGGGACAUGCAAGGCCAGGCACACUGCGCUGGGGCCUACCUAGAAGUGUACUGCUACGGGUACAGUGCAUAUCGGCGGAAGACAAAAUAGGCAAAACUAGUUGAUCCUUCGAUACUCAUGAUUUGGAAUGGUUCAUUUGGC